GUGGCGGAGUGUGAGCGAUGAGGGUGGUCUGAGCGCGUAUUGAUUCUCCGCGUUUGUUAGGGCGGUUCUUUAGUUCCUUGUAUACUACACAGCCACGCCAGUUCGCUGUGUGACUUUCACCGCAGUUGCUGCACAUUUUAACAGAGAUGUCUUCCUUGUUCUUAUGGCAGUUCGCUGUGCUAUGAGCUUCACUACAGACUACGCAAAUAGAUUUCAGCGUACAGUACGCCUUAGUGUGGCCAUAUUCUUGGCAGUUAGUGCACUGCACUGGGCGAUUGCGCUUGUGUGGCUCUUCCACUGUGAUACGCCGAUGCAGUAGGAGCUGUAACUUGUAGAUUGGAUGAACUUCAUUUUUUUUCAGUGUCUGGCGCUCUGGCUCCAACUCGAUUUUGAACAUUGGUUGUGGUUCCUUAUUUUUGUUUAAUAUGUUCAUGACCAUUUUUGCACUAAAGUUCUUUUUUUUUGAGCGCUUCUGCGAUUUCAGUGGUCGAAACAGUCAAUCCAUUUGAGAACAACCUGUAGGCCCCUUGCGCUUUUUAGUUAGUAUGUAUAAAAGUUUUUUCCUGCUUCAUCCAAGAAUUUGGUUAGUAGACGAUGGCUAUCCUCGGUUUCUAUUUGAACCUUUGUUUCAUUUAUGUUCCCUUUUCUUAAGGGUAUUACGUAAAAUAAGUUUUCUCCUAUAAGUGUGGCUAUUUUGUUCACUAAUGCACUUGAGCUUUUUUCGCGAAUGUAUAUUGGAGGAGGCUUGACCUUCUUAGGUGACUUUGCCGGUUGUAUACUUUCAUCAGUAGAAUUUGCCAGCAGCUCAAAUCUGUUGGUGUUUUCUGGCGUUUUGUUAGUGAGCAUGUUAGCAUUGUCGCGUGUAAUUUUUGAUUUGUUUUCUGUUUGUUGACUUUUGUAAUUUUGAGGGCUAAGUUUUCUUUUUAUUGUUAUGUAGCGAUCCAAUCCAGUCUGUAUGGUGGACCCGGCGUUCUUGUUUACGUUUUGGCUUGCUGAUAGCGCAGCAGAACCGUUAAAUUGUGUUUUUGUUUUGAUCGCUGGCUCAGUAGGAGCAAAUGCUUGCGUCGACGAAAUUGAGCGAGCUGACUAUACCGUUCCAGUUGUUGUUGUGAUUGCAGUUGCAGUGGCUGUUGUUGUCACAGUACUAGUCACCGUAGGUAACCGUAAAGAAAUUUCGCAAGUUUUUGGAGAUUGGGGGUUUUGUGACAGUAGUGAGGGAGAGCAAGAACGCGCUCUUUCUUGAGUUAUUGGCAAUGGUAAACUUGUCGGGUUAUGGGUGAUUGACCGCUCGCUGUCUGCAGAAGUCGCGGAGACAUAAGAGAAGUACGCGUUGUUUCGUUGCAAUGAGAGCCGGCGAUCGUCUUGCUCGCGUUGUCGCUGAACGCGAGUGUCUUUCUGGUUCAUAGUGUAAAACUACUUGCUUAUACUAUUUCAAACACAGAAUAUGUAUUCGAGCGAUGGUGCAUCGCACAGAGCGUCUCUUUCGCUUUCGAUUUAUUUGUUUGUAUUAUAUUAAUAACCAUUCACUUCACUAAAAACAACCGAUUUUAUACGGAGCUCGAUGAAAACACGUCUUCACACGUCAGCGACCAUAUGAAUAUAUGAUUCAGACUAGUGUUGUGUCGUUCGUGAACGAACGAACUAAAUUGAACUAUUCACCAAACUGAACGAACGAACUAGGUCUGCCUUUAUAGUUCAAUAUAGUUCGAUAGUUCAAUUUAGUUCACUUAGUUCAAUAUAGUUCACUUAGUUCACGUCGUUCAUUUUGAUCUCUUACCCUGAUCGUUCGUUCGUUGUUCACUUAGUUCGAUAGGUCGGUCUGAGUUCACUUAGUUCGAUAGGUCGGUCUGAGUUCACUUAGUUCGAUAGGUUGGUCUUAGUUCAUUUAGUUCGAAAGUUCGCUUAUCGAAUAAGCUGAUUAAUUUUCGCAUACAUUUAAAACUACGGUUUACAAGUUUGUGCGUAUCUAUGGCUUCAAAACGAAAGCAUAGCAAAGUUUGGAAUUUCUUUGAUUCAGUGGAUGAGAAGAGUGCUAAAUGCAAAUACUGCAAAACUGUGCUUAGUGUGGCUGGUGGAUCGCAAGGAAACUUAUCGCGUCACCUUAAAAAUAAGCACCCAGCAGCUUUGGAGGAAACAAAGCGUCAAACCAAUGAAAGCCGACAGGAAGCAAAUACUCCUCAGAUAAUUGGACCCCAACAGCAAGUAAUAACUUCGUUCAUUCAACGACCACCGGCUGCCGGGAAAGCUGAGAAAAUUGAUAGGCAACUAGUUCGUAUGAUUGCAAAAGGUCAUCAUGCAUUGCGAAUUGUAGAAGAGCCUGAUUUCAAGCAGCUCAUAGAUGAUGUGUCUAAUUGCCCCGGAUACAAGAUGCCCACUCGAAAAACGCUGUCCAACGUGCUUCUUCCAAAGCUUCGGGACGAAAUUGUUGGUAGCGUCAAAGAAAAAAUGGAGCUGGCAUCUGCAGUUUGUUUGACAACGGAUUGUUGGACCUCUCUUGCAAAUGAAAGUUAUAUUGCUGUUACAGCUCAUUUUAUUGAGAGUGAGGCAACUGUUAUGAUUGCAUGCGAGGCAUUCGUUGAGCAGCACAGUGGUCAAAAUCUGUGCGCAUUUUUACAAAAAAUAGCAGAAAGAUGGAGUAUAGAGAACAAAAUAUCUGCUGUGGUUUCCGAUAAUGCUGCAAAUAUUGUCAAUGCCAUUAAAACAGGAAAUUGGCCACAUAUACCAUGUUUUGCACAUAGCUUGAACCUAAUUGUGCAAAAAGGACUCCGCGAAAUCAGCGUUGUACAAAACAAAGUCAAAUUCAUUGUGGAGUUUUUCAAUCGUAGCACUUUCGGCCUUAAGAAGCUGAAGUCAACUCAAACCCAAUUGAACUUGCCCGAUCUCAAAUUGAUUCAAGAUGUGUCAACUCGUUGGAAUUCAACUUUUAAAAUGCUAGAAAGGCUUGUUGUGUUGAAAGAUGCUCUUAUAUUAACACUUUCUACUCUGCGUUCUGAAUUAAACUUAUCUCAGAAUGAGUGGGCGAUAGUAGAAGAGUUACUGCCUAUAUUAAAACCAUUCAUGUAGGUAACAGAAGAAAUAUCAGCAGAAAAGAAUGUAACCCUUUCAAAGGUUAUAGUUCUUGCGAUUUUGCUACAGAACUGUUUGAAUAACAAAACGCCUAAGGAUAAAUGUGUUGCUGCACUUGUUGCAGUUCUAAAAGCUGAGAUGAAUCGACGAUUUUGCAAGCUGGAAAGUAACGAACUCUACGCAGAGAGUAACAUUUUAGAUCCUCGAUUUAAAGGUCGUUGGUUCAAGUCAAAAGAAGAAUACGAAAAAGCUGUUUGUAAUCUUAAAAGGAAAGUAACUCCAAUUCGUCUCAACAGCGAAAAUUAUGAAUUCGAAUCACCUGCGUUUGAAACUAAUUCAGCCAAUCAGAGUUCGGUUUGGUGUGAUUUUGACAGUGAGUUCAAGAACACGACAAAGGCUGCAAACACUACCGGUUCUGCCGAGAAAGAGAUGGAAAAAUACCUCGAAGAGGAAUUUAUACCGAGGACUGCUGACCCUUUGGUUUGGUGGGAACAAAGAAAGAAAUUGUAUCCGCAUCUAUAUUCUUACAGCCUUAAGCGACUAUGCCUUAUGGCUACAUCAGUUCCUUGCGAACGCCUAUUUUCAAGUGCUGGGGAAAUUAUCCGAAAAAGACGGAUGCUACUAAAACCUAAUAAAGUGGAAAAUCUAAUGUUCUUUCAUAGCAACAUGUAGAUGGAUCA